AUGUUCUGGUUUCCGCUGUUCGUGUGUGCCUUUUUGGGUGCCACACCGGUUAAGUUGCAAUUUUUGGAGCCAAAUUGCGGUAGAAUGGACCAGAGGGCACUGCUAAAUACAAACUAUCAAGCGCACAUAUCGGAAAGCCCCUGGAUGGCAUAUUUACAUGCAUCCGGUAGAUUUUAUUGCGGAGGAUCGCUAAUCAAUCACAGAUUUGUAUUGACUGCCUACCAUUGCAUAAUUAAUGGUGAGACCCUGACUGUGCGUUUAGGCGAGUAUGAUACCGCCACGUACAACGAUUGCAGCGGAUCCGAUUGCAUUCCGCCCUACGAGGAGUUCGACAUAGAUAAAGCUAUUCGGAAUAAGGACUAUUCAAGGAGCAAUCGCUUUCACGAUAUUGCCUUGCUUCGACUAUCGCGACGUGUGGAGUAUAAAACCCACGUCAAGCCCAUAUGCCUGCUCACAAACAUGGCUCUGCGCUCGGCGAUAGAGAACAUGCAGCAGUUCGUGGCCACUGGUUGGGGUAGCAACACCCCAGGAUCACCUAGCCGCACCCUCAAGUCCAUUUAUAUGAAUCGCCUGGAUCGCAGCGAGUGCCGGGAAAGAUACUUGGUGGAAUGCGCCAGCAACCAGAUCUGUGUGGGUCAUGACACGGGCGUGUCGUGCAGCGGUGACUCUGGCGGACCCAUGGGGCACAUGGUGCGAAUAGGAGGUCAAACGGCAUUCGUUCAGGUUGGCAUCGUUAGCUAUGGCAACCCGGAGUGUCGCAGUCCCAGUGUCUUCACGGAUGUCAUGUCGCAUAUGGGCUGGAUUCAAAUGGUCGUCGAGCGGUUUUCUUAG